GCGCUACACUACAGAGUGGCUGUCAGCGCGGCUCUCUGCCAUCAAACCGGUUAUCCUGCAGCGCGCGCGACACACACACUCUGCUUCAGGCCAAAGGAAACUUGUAGAAAAACAAUAAGUGUUUCCGGAUAAUAUACUCCCACAUUAGAAGUGGUUAAAGACAGGGCGCAGGAUGAUGAGGGACUCCGCUCCUCCGGCUGUGGAGCGGCCCGGGCUGGAGGAUGUGGCGGAGGAGGAGGACGUGUUCGCGGCGGAGGGGAGCUCCGAGAGCCCGCUGCAGACCGGCAGCCUUCAGGGAGCUACAGAGAAGGAGGUGAAGGGGACACAUGUGGAGAGGGGAGGGCAACUGUCAGUGUCCCAGAUGGAGGCAGAGUUUGUCCAGCUGACCUUCAGGAAGCAAGUGUCCUACAGGAAAGCCAUAGCUAAGUCGGGCCUGCACACCCUGCCCUGCCAGCCCAGCACGUCGUCCCUGAACAGAACCGACCCAGAGGCUCUCAUCCGCAGCACUUUGGACUGGACUGACGCAGCUCAGUAUGGAGAUCAUAUCUGGUUCGAGACCAAUGCAUCUGGAGACUACUGUUAUGUGGGGGAACAACACUGUAUAGCCAGAGCACUGCAAAAGUCUGUGAGUCGCAGGAAGUGUGCAGCCUGUAAGAUCGUGGCCCACACCAUCUGUAUCGAACAACUGGAGAAGUUCCCCAGCUCUAGAGCCAUUCUGUUGGAUGCCACCCUGCCCCUCAAUGACCCAAACUUUAUAAUUAAUUUCAGGUGUAAACCGUCUUUCAGAGAAUCCGGCUCUAGGAACAUCCGCGAGCCCGCUGUAGUGCGUCAUCACUGGGUGCAUCGGAGAAGGCAAGAAGGCAAAUGUAAACAAUGUGGGAAAGGCUUCCAGCAGAAGUUUGCGUUCCACAGUAAAGACAUCGUGGCCAUCAGCUGCUCCUGGUGCAAACAGGCUUACCACAACAAGGUGUCCUGCUUCAUGCUGCAGCAGAUUGAGGAGGCUUGCCCAAUGGGAGCUCACGCUGCACUCAUAGUCCCGCCCACAUGGAUCAUUCGCGUCCGACGCCAUCAGUCAUCUAUGAAGUCCAGUAAAAAGAAGAAGAGAGCAUCGUUCAAGAGGAAAAGCAGCAAGAAAGGAGCAGAGGAAGGACGGCAGUGGAAACCCUUUAUAAUCAGACCCAUCCCGUCCCCGCUGAUGAAGCCUCUGCUGGUGUUUGUGAACCCCAGAAGUGGAGGGAACCAGGGCACUAAGAUCAUGCAGUCCUUCAUGUGGUACCUAAACCCCCGACAGGUGUUUGACCUGAGCCAGGGAGGACCACAGGAGGGUUUGGAGCUGUAUCGCCGAGUGCACAACCUGAAAAUCCUGGCCUGUGGUGGGGACGGAACUGUGGGCUGGAUCCUGUCAUGUCUCGAUGAGCUGGCAUUAAAUCCUCAACCUCCUGUUGCUGUGUUACCACUGGGGACAGGAAAUGACCUCGCCAGGACCCUCAACUGGGGAGGGGGCUACACAGAUGAGCCUCUGUCGAAGAUUCUGUCCCAUGUGGAAGAUGGAACGGUCGUCCAGCUGGACAGGUGGAAUCUACAAGUUGAACCAAACCACAGUGCAGGGGCUGAACCUGACGAACAGCAGACUGAUAAGCUCCCUCUAGAUGUUUUCAACAAUUACUUCAGUCUUGGAUUCGAUGCCCACGUGACUCUGGAAUUCCAUGAGUCAAGAGAGGCCAACCCAGAGAAGUUCAACAGUCGUUUCAGAAACAAGAUGUUCUACGCUGGGACAGCAUUCUCUGAUUUCCUGAUGGGAAGCUCCAAAGACCUGUCGAAGCACAUCAGAGUGGUGUGUGACGGGACAGAUUUGACCUCAAAGGUUCAGGACUUGAAGCUGCAGUGUCUGGUGUUCCUCAACAUCCCCAGAUACUGUGCAGGCACCACACCGUGGGGUAACCCUGGAGACCAUCACGACUUCGAGCCUCAGCGCCAUGAUGACGGAUACAUCGAGGUCAUCGGGUUCACUAUGACCUCACUGGCUACACUCCAGGUCGGAGGUCAUGGUGAGAGGUUGAACCAGUGCAGAGAAGUCACCCUGACAACUACCAAACCUCUGCCAGUACAGGUGGACGGUGAGCCGUGCAGACUGGCUCCCUCUGUCAUCACCAUCAGUCUGAGAAACCAGGCCAACAUGAUCCAGAAGACCAAACGCAGGACCUCCCUGCCCCACCUCAAUGAUCAGCAACCGGUGCCGGAGAGGCUGAGGAUCAGAGUGAGCAGGAUCAGCAUGACUGACUACGAGGCUCUGCACUACGACAAGGACAAACUACGGCAAGCAUCCAUUCCUCUGGGACUCAUCGUGGUGUCUGGUGACAGCGACUUAGAGACCUGCAGGGAACACAUCCAGCGUUUACAGGAGGAGGAGGCCGCCAAGCCAAAGAGUGUGUCCUCGCAGAGACUAUCUCCAAAGUGGUGUUUCCUUGACUCUACAACAGCAGAUCGCUUCUACAGGAUAGACCGAGCACAGGAACAUCUCAACUACGUGUCGGAAAUCUCCCAAGAAGAGAUCUUCAUCCUGGACCCUGAACUGGUAGUCAUGACGACGGUUGGCACCUCACCCUCACCCUCAGCCAUGCCGGACCUGGUUACCCCCGCCUCCGGCCUGGUGAACAGCAGAGAAAGCACCUCUAAUCAGUCCUCCAACCAGGUGUUUGUGUACCCCAUCACCUCCACCCCCCCUUCACCCUCCACUCCCAGCAGUUCUUCCCAAAGGCAGCGAGUGAACAGCGACAGCUCUGCUGCUGAAGCUCUCACACACAGCUCUGCACCUGCGGCCAGCAAGCUCAUCAGGGUGGGUUGCAUCCAUCGUUCCAACACCACUGCUGCUGAUUUCAAACCAAGACUGAGACAGGAGAAGGUCCAGAAAACCAGUGACACGGAGAGGGAGCGAGAAAGAGAUAUGUUGAUCGAGUGUGUGAAGAGCAAGGAUGAGAAGAAGCUGCAGGAGCUGCACCUGAAGGGGGCGGAGCUGACAGUGAUUGACGCGUCAGGCUGCAGUCUGCUGCACCACGCCGUCUCUACAGGAAGCAAGGAGAUGGUCCGCUACAUCCUGGACCAUGCUCCCAGUGAUCUGCUGGAUGUGACAGAAAAUCUGCAUGGGGAGACGGUUCUGCAUCGGGCUGCCUCUCUGUGCCACAGGACCAUCUGCCAUUACCUGGUGGAAGCAGGAGCCUCGCUGAUGAAGACAGACCUGCAGGGUGAGACCCCGAAGAACCGGGCUGAGAAGGCUCAGGACUCUGAGCUGGCCGCCUAUCUGGAGAACAGACAGCACUACCAGAUGAUCCAGAGAGAGGACCAGGAGACGGCGGUCUGACGCUGCCGGACACUUCCUCAUCCUCACCAGACUGACGGCCGCUCGCUGGUGCACCGUUACCGUUCUGCUUUCCAGGAAGGACCCGAGUGGAGCCGUGCCAAAUGCGAUCGCAGCGCGGUAAUGCAGUGAACGAGAGGAGAUGUAAAUGAAGUCAUUCCGUUUCAUUUUGAUAAGCUCAGUAAUCAAAAGUGUUUGUGGAGUCAGGGGGAAAGAGACCGUUUUGGGAUCAGCAAUUCAAUUUGGAAAGACUUGUUCUUUAAAAGUCUUUCAUAUCAGACUCCUUUCUAGAACCAGAAGUGAUCAUCUGCCAUAUACGAGUCAGAGUGCGAGGACAACGUGAAGCUGGUGUCAUGGUGGAACAACACUCAGGAAAUGUAUUCCACAGGAGGCUGCAUUACACUCCUGCCAUAAAUGUAACUUCUGUUUGGCUGAGAUGAUAAGGUGAAUGUUAAUGGGGGUGAUGGUUAAAGGACCAAAGACAAAGGUCAGGGGUCAGAACACUUCAUAGAAAUCCGAUCACUGGCUUUUGAAAUACCUUGUCGUGGACCAAAGAUGUGUGCAUGAUGGAGUUCAGCUCAGGGCCAAUCAGAAGGGUUCCGGUUUCAUGAUGUCAGAGGUCUUGAUCUGCACUAACACCCCGCUGAGCUCCAUCAUGGCCGAUCAAAACACAGCUGUGUGAUUUCUCCGUCAGGAACCUGCAUGACUUUCUAAUGUAGUGUAGUAUGUGUGUUGACUUAUCUCAACACCUGAUAGAUCUCAUAACUAUUUGUAAUAUUCAAUGUUUUUCUGGUGCCUGUGUGUGUGUGUGUGUGUGUGUGUGUGUGUGUGUGUGUGUGUGUGUGUGUGUGUGUGUGUGUGUGUGUGUGUGUGUGUGUGUGUGUGUGUGUGUGUGUGUGUGUGUGUGUGUGUGUGUGUGUGUGUGUGUGUGUGUGUGUGUGUGUGUGUGUGUGUGUGUGUGUGUGUGUGUGUGUGUGUGUGUGUGAUUAAACAUAUGUAUAUUAAGCUUGUCGUAGAAUCAGAUCAUGAUGGAUUGCUCCAUGUGCCAAACGUCAACGCUUGUUUACACAAAUCAUGAUGUGGUGAGUUCAGGAUCCUUGGGACUUUUGGACGCCACAGCACACUUCUUUUGAUUCAAUCUGACACGUCAAAGCUGUCGGAGUUUCUAAAGGCAUAAAGGUGAAAGAAGAGAGUCGAUUUAAAGCUCCUGACUUUGUGUUUGAUCACUUGUAUAAACUCUGACUGCUGGAGUAAAAAGCAAACCAAAAGACAAGUCUAGUCUACGGAAGAGGGCAUGGCCAAGUGAGUACCGAUGUUUGGGAUGUGACCAAAAGUUAGGAACUCCCUUUUGUUAUACUCCUGUUCACAUCCCAACAUGUCCUUCUCAUGUGGCCUCCCCCGAGCUGCCUGUGAGUUUUAGCCACGUGUCUUCAGAUUAGCUUAGCAUUGGCAGUAAACUCUCGCUCGAUGUAUUCUAUUAACAUCUGUGGCCAAUCUAGUUUAUCCUCUGGUGUUUGUGGCAGUCCUCUGUUGAACACAUUGGUGUGAUUGUUAAUUUUCUAUUGUAAUUUGUAUAAUUUGUUUUUGAGAUGAAGGUAAUAAAGGAAGGCCGUAUAUUUGAGAA